AUGGUCAAGGUGACUAUUUUAGGCGCUGCCGGUGGAAUUGGACAACCACUCUCAUUGUUAUUGAGACUUAAUCCAUGGAUUGACGAAUUGGCCUUGUUUGAUAUUGUCAAUACCCCCGGCGUGAGUUGUGAUUUGUCGCAUAUUCCUGCAUCACAGGUUGUUAAUGGCUAUGCUCCGAAAUCGAAAUCAGAUACAGAGACAAUCAAGACUGCCUUGAAAGGUGCUGAUAUUGUUGUUAUUCCUGCAGGAAUUCCACGUAAACCUGGUAUGACAAGAAACGAUCUCUUUAAAAUCAAUGCCGGAAUCGUUAAGAGUUUGAUUCAUAGUGCAGGAACCACUUGCCCUGAUGCAUUUAUUUGUGUCAUUUCGAACCCUGUCAACUCGACAGUUCCAAUUGCCGUUGAAGAACUAAAGCGUUUGAAUGUUUUUAAUCCACAUAAAGUUUUCGGUAUUACCACAUUGGACAAUUUCAGAUUAGAAGAAUUUCUGAGUGGAGAACUUGGUGGAAUUGUCAAACCAAAUGAUUUAUAUGGUGAUGUAGUUGCUAUAGGUGGCCAUUCGGGCGACUCUAUAGUACCGAUCUUGAAUUCGUGGAAUUUGAAUUUCAUCAAUGAUGGAGAUUCUUAUAACAAUUUGGUCAAGAGGGUCCAGUUUGGAGGCGAUGAGGUUGUCAAGGCAAAGGACGGGAAAGGUUCGGCUACAUUGUCAAUGGCUACAGCUGCAUACAGGUUUGUCAACAACCUCUUGGACGCCAUUGUCAAUAACAAGAAAGUCAAGGAAGUGGCCUUUGUGAAAAUCGACCAAUUGCCAACUACAAGGGUUCCCUAUUUUGUUGUUGAUGAAACUCAGUAUUUUAGUCUACCCAUUAUUCUCGGUAGACAGGGGAUUGAGAGGGUCACGUUCCCAGAAUCUCUGACAGAGCAAGAGGUGAGAAUGACAAAGCACGCUGUUGCUAAAGUUAAAGUUGACGUUAAUAAAGGCUUCAAUUUUGUCCAUGGCCCAAAACUGUAA